AUCGAUGUGAAAGCUCUAAGAAAGUUAUCGACUAAAUUCGAGAAAUGCCCCUAGCGGCCAAACGAUUACAAUUCUGUUUGCGCCAAUGAUUUUCUCUUUAAAAUUGGGCUCCAGACGCCUAGGUCUCUUAAAACAAAGGGUGUUUCUAUAAGAAAGUGCCCAAUUUUGACCACCAUAUACAGUUUAACUCAUUUGUUUUUGACAAUUGAACAUUUUUUUUGUUUGCAAAUGGUAGAAACACGAGAAAGAUGCAUGUCGAUAUGCAUAAUUACUUCUUAUUUGUAUUUACCAGACAAACAAUUAAUGAACGUACUCAAGAUUACUAAUUGUCUUGUAAUUAUUCGUCUGAUAGUUUAAUGAACGUAUAUAAAGAGCGAAUAUACCUAAGCAUAAUCGUCAGUCGUUGUACUUGGUAGAAAAAUGAAGGUUCUCCUAAUUUUCGCUGUACUAUGCAUUAUGUCGAUUGAAUCGACAGAGAUUCACAAAUAUAUUGUGGACAAAUGGAGCUCGUUAAUGCAACCGCAUAAGGAAUUUUGCAUCAAGGAGUCCAACGUUGAUCCCGAACAUGUCCACCAAAUGUUGCGCAAGGGUUACAAACUGGACGUGCCGCAGUUUCACGAGUAUAUGAGGUGCAUGUACGUUAAAUUGGGAAUGCUGUCGGAAGAGGGCGAGUUCCAGGAGCUGGAAAUACUCAAAAAAGCGGACUACCUCAAUUACAAUCUUCUCAAAAAGUGUAUAAAGCAGGCGACACACGAAAAGAAUCACUCCAAAAAAUCCUACAAGCUUUGUGAGUGUGUCAUCAAAGGAUUGGAAGAUCCGUGCAGUUAUACCGUGUGAUACAUGUCCAUUCAAGUCCAAUAUAAACUAAGGGGUCUAUUCUCUAACGCGUAACGAUGUCGUUCAGCAACGACUUUCUCUAUUCUGUGACUAGUUAUACGGAAUAUAGCUGUCGUUCAAGAUCAAAUCGUUACCAUUACGAUAUCGUUUGUUAACGACAAUAUACAGAAUAGAUUCUUUAGUUGUGUGUGAUCGUAACCAAUAGUUACAAAUUAGAAACAAACUUAGUUUAAAUUAAAGUAUAAGUAGGAAAAUAUCUUCUAAGAGCAAAACUGUUAGCCCUGAACUGUUUGAAUAAAAUAAAAUAUGAUCGUUAGCCGGAGAUCGAGAGAUCAUGAAUGAAGGACA